AUGUCCGUAGGUGCGCCCCCUGGCACACUAGCCGGUGAGCUGAACUACCUUAGCAUUCAGCACUCCGCUAAUGACAGUGAAGCCGCCGCCCUGCUUCACCCGAUUGGCGACAAGGACGGGGAGUGUGUGCGCAGCGACCUCAAAAUCUCCAACUACCGCAUCGCAAUACGGCCGAUCGGCGACGACGACAGCAGCGGCAGCAGCAUGAGCGGCCAGAAUUAUGAAAAGGUUGAAUUCUCGUUACCGCUCAUGUCCAUUAAUUCGUGGAGCCUGCCACGCAUGUCGCUGACGGCUGCACAGCGUGUAGUGCUCCAGCGCGGGCGCGGCCAGGCGCUCACGGAGGCCGCCACACCGACGCGCUCCGGUGGCGCCUCGUCGUCGUCG